AUGACAUCGCCGUUCCCCAAGUCAACUUCUCGCCCCGGUGAUGGCCGCAUCAUCGUGAGACUCCUCCCAGCCGGGGGCAGCGGGCUUGAGACCAUCAGCUACCAAUACCCUCUGAAAUUGAUCUCGCCCUCUCCCACAGUGGCCCAGAAAAGCGCCUUGGUCUUUCUCCUAUCCUACGGAGGUGGCCUGGUUGGCGGCGACGGCGUCAAUCUCACUAUCCGUGUCCAUCGCGGAUCAAGUCUCAGCCUAGUCACCCAGGGCCACACCAAGGUAUUCAAGUCCUCCUCGCCAGACAUUGUCACGAGCCAGAGGCUUCAAGUGCAAAUCGAUGAAGAUGCUGCAGUCUGUCUCUUGCCGGACCCUGUCCAGCCAUUUGAGGACAGCGUGUACGAGCAGACUCAAGUCUUCAACUUGGGCAAUCGGGCAUCACUCUGCCUCUUAGACUGGGUGACCCAAGGAAGGGUAGCACGCGGAGAGAAUUGGAGCUUCACGAGUUGGAAAGGGCGCAAUGAAGUUUGGACACAAGGGUCCGACCCGUUACAAAAGGAGAGGUUGCUCAUCAGGGACAACGUCAUCCUAAGCCAAGAUGGAAGCAAGCAGGUUGGUUUGCCGCUCAAGGACACAAUGCAUAAAACGAGUGUAUUGGGCACACUUAUUCUUCGAGGACCAGUCAUGGCACCCAUUGGAGACUUCUUCAUGAGAGAAUUCGGUGCUCUUCCACGGAUAGGAUCUCGCGACUUUCGCUCAAAGGAGGAUAAAGAGAGGGACUCGAAGGAAAAGCCAGAGUUUGAGCAGUGGCGGUUACGGAGAAUCGACAUGGAAAAGCAGCAGGGCGUCCUCUGGUCUGCGGCUCAGGUUCGAGGGUGUGUCAUUGUCAAGUUUGGGGCUGCUACUGUUGAGGCUGGACGGUCAUGGAUCGGGACAAUGUUGGUAAGAGAAGGGAGCAUAGCCGCGUAUUUUGGGCAUUCGGCUCUCAUGUGCGUUGAACCUUGA